CAGUUAAACUUUAAUUGUGUGUCAAACUUCGUGUAACAGUUAAGGUUCGCGUUUAAAAACAAUGCAAGUUCACCAAAAUGCCACUCCUCAACACUGUUUAUCGAAGUAAAAGCAAUCUACAAGAAUCACCACAACACCACCAGUUAAAUGGAAGCCAAUGUCUGCUCAAGAGAGUCGACAAUCUGCCCAUCAUUACAGAACUGGAUGCGGACGACUAUAGCCAAAGAUUUGAGAAUGGAACACAAUUGAAUAGCACCUUGAGGAGUGAAGAUGGUUUCAUAGAUUCAUCUCUGACCGCCAAGUCGAGCAGUUCCCUGGAGCCCAAUACAUCCGAAGAGUCCGCCAAUGGCACAAUCACCCUGCAGCCCUCCAAUGCCAGCAAACACUUUGAAAACACCUACAAACUGCUGGGCAAAAAUCUGCAGACGAACUGCCAGCGUACGGUGGACAAGCUACAGGAAAUAAGUGGCAGCUCCGACUUUGAAAGCAUUUCAAGCUCCUGCUCUUCCAUGUCGGCGAUCGUCAACGGUCUUGAGCCGCCGCCCACGCGGCUUGAACUCGAAUUGGAGGCAGUCGAUCGCAUGCGAUGCAUUGUGAAGCAAAUUAAGUCUGCGCCAAAGACCACAGAGUCGCCGAUAUCCGUCUCUGCCGCGUUGCUGGCCCUGCUCCAUGACUUUGCCUCGAAGGGGGAGCGAAAGAGCAGUGUUCCGGGGACACCUGCCCAGAGUCCCAUCUCGGGUGCCGUGGAGGCCCCUCUGUUUGAGCUGCCAUUGGAGCUGCUGCAGGCGGCCAGCUCCUGGGAGCUCAUGUACUAUGCCUCCAAGAAUGUCGAUGGCAAAAACUGUCUCAAAGUUGUACGAAGUCUCUUGACAAAUAAAGUUCUAUGCGGCAACCGUGUUAGCCAGAUGACUCGGGCAUACGAUGACAUUGAAGCCGUGACGCGUCUGCUGGAAGAGAAGGAGAAGGAUCUCGAGUUGACGGUGCAGAUUGGUAAGGAGCUGCUAACACAGAAUAAUGCGCUGGAAGCGCGGGUCACCGAUCUGGAAUCCGAUCUCAAGACAUCCAACGAUGAUCGGGCCCAACUGCUGCACGAACUCCACAAGAAAAACGAACUGAUUUCGGUGCUGACAAACGAUGCGGAUGAUGGCACAGAUAUGGAAACCCCCACUUUUUCUAAGUCCAUCACGCUGGAUCUCCUCCAGCGAAAGGUAAACACUCUGCUCGACGAAAACAAAUCACUCAAGUGCGAAGCCACAGAGUUGGCUCACAAAACCGACGAAGUGGAGGAACACGAGCGCCAAUUGAUGGCCGACAUCGGGGCGCAGCUGAACGACGUCAACUCGCAGUACGACAACAUCAGUCUCGAGUGCGAGAGGCAGCGCGAAGAGAAUCGUCUGCAACAUGAACAAAUUGUGAGUCUGACAGCCCGUCUGGCCGAGGCCGAGAUGCGGCUGCAUCAGCUGACACAGGACAACGAUGAGCAUCUGUCGCUACUGCACGUGACGAAGGAGAACCAGAAUGCGCUCGCCCUGGAGCUGGUGGAGUUCAAGCAGCGCUACGAAGAGGUACUGGCCCUGCUGCACUCGGCCCAGGGUCAGCUAAAGCAGCAGCGCAAGCGAUCACAGCCUCAGGCGAGGAGCUCUUUCCUGGGUGGAAUGGGAACGAGCGGAGCGGGCGGCGGGAUGCUGCAGCCGGACUCACUUCAUUGCGAACUGAUGGAAUCGUCGAUGUACUCGGAGAACAGUCUGGACUCGGGCAUCUCCGCGGACAGCCAGCGGGCGGCGGAUCGCAUAAACCGCAUGAUGAUGCAGAUGCCUGGCGGCAUGGGCUCGUCCGGUGUCGGUGGCAGUAUUUAUGCCGGUGCGGGCCUGGUGCCGCCCUACAAGCGGGUUUUCGAGACGGUCCGGUGUGCCGGCAAGAGCGGCCACUACAUGGACAGCGGCAAUGUGUCGAUGACCACCCUGGGCGCCAUGUCCAUGAGCAGCUCCUCCGGUCCGCGCAUGGCCUCCAUGGCGUAUCCAGCGGGCUCGUACUAUCGCGGCGGUAGCAAUCAGUCGUUGGGCGUUAAAACUCUUUCCAACGAGAGUCUCAACUCCCAGUCCGACGACGGCUAUCCAGUCCAGCCCUCUGGUGUUCCAGGAGCCCCCGGCGCUAGAGAACUGGAGGCGGCCCUCAAGCGUCUGACGCCCGGUGAGGUUCUGGCUCGCCGCGCAAUGCUCUCCUACGCCCCAGCAGGCACCUACAACUAUGAUGAGCCCCCGACGCAUGGGGGGGCGGGUGCCUUGAAUUCGAACUUACCGCUGGGCGUACGCACUCCCGAUAGCAUAAUGUCGACGGGAUCAUCGGGAAUGAGUGCCUCCUCUAAUCACAUGUCCGCCUCGAUGACGCAUCAGUGGCGUCUUCCAGAGAAGCUGCAGAUCAUCAAGCCGAUGGAGGGCUCCCAAACGCUUCAUCAUUGGUCGCGCCUGGCUACGCCAACGCUCAGUGGACUGCUGGACGAGCGUCCUGGUGUGACCAUUCGAGGAGGACGAGGUUUGGACGAUCUGGGCAUGCAGAUCUACACGCUGUCCGAUGUCGAGGAGGAUGUGAGCGAGGAGCUGCCGGGCAAGCAAUUUGAAGCGUCCGGCUCCACGUUCACGUACACAACGAGCGUGGUUAUGCAUCCGGAUGAUGGUUUCGUCAACGAUCUGUCGUUCUUGUCGCAAUCGCAGAUGUCCUCGCGCAUGGCCUCCACAUCGACAUCAAGACAGCCAAGUUGUCCCGUCACACCACGUGCUGGACUCUCGCGCAAGAACUCCUGCUCCACAUUCUCGGUGAACCUCGGUCUGGCCGGAAUGCUCAACGAGCGGGGCAUCAAGGCAGUGACACCCAGCGCUUUGAAUACGCCCGCGGGUCCAAACUUUUCGCCCACAGUGACGCCCUGCAAUAGUCCAGAGGGUUCGCCACCACGAUGCCAGUCGCCCGAGCCACUCUUUGGCCUGCUCUCGUCGGGAGCGGAUCUGAUACGCCGCAAGAUUGUGGGGGAUCAGCAGCAGCAGCAGAGGAGCAGUCUCAGCAAGCAGCAGCACCAGAAGAUCAUGCUGUCGCAUCUGGAGAGGCGCGCUCUUAGAUCUCUGAAUCUGAUCGAGAAGGUGGAGAGCAUUGGACUGGAGAACAUAAUCAGCGCACAGCGUGGCCUCGGAGCGGGCAUUGCGAAUCGCAGUAGCUCGUCGAUGAGCAGUGGAAGUCUCCAGACACUACACACCAGCAGCAAUAGCAUCGUGGAUGAUAUACACUUUGAUCGCGCUCAGAUUAAGGGUGUCCUACAUCGUGGACUAAAGUCCCAUACUCCAUCAUCAUCCGCAGCGGCGGUGGCUGCGACGCCUGCGAGCAGCAGUACUAGCGCCUACAACAGCGAUGACAGUGAUGAUCAGGGGCUUAUGAUGAAGAUUAGGCCCAAGAACACAUCAUCAACAACGAAGACGGAUGCGGCUGCUCAACAGACGGACGGAGUGAGUUCCUCGACGGGAGCACCUUCCACCUCCGCAGCCAGCGAGACACGACUGAAGCAAAUGCAGCGCCAGAAGUCGCGUAGGCAGCUUAAGAACGGCAUGGCCAACCAGAGGCCCGAUCUGGGCACUAUUGGUGGCGGCGGUGGAGGCAGAGUGCGUCCAGAUUUAGGUAGAGUAGCAGAUAGCGGCAGCGGCAGCAAGGCGACCACCCCAAGGUCGGCGGCGUCCAGAAGGGAAGUGACAGCGGCUAGGGCAGAAGCGGAGGAGACAUCACCUCAAACCAUCACACAGGCGUUUGUAGGCUCAGUUAGUUCCUUGCUGUUUGGUCGCAAGGGGGGGUGGCUGUAGAAGGAAUCCGAUUAUCAUCCGGUGAUCAUCCACACCUUUAAGUUAAAGCUUGCUCUGGACUGUAGUGUUUUCUUUUACGAAAUGAAAGCCAAGCCUUACGAUCGAGUUUAACAUUAUGGUUUUAUUUUGUUUAAGCACAACGCGGAAACGAUUUUUUGUUGGAGAACAAAAUAUACAUUUUUUCGUUUGCCGCCAAGCAGCAGCAGAAGCAACUCCUCCCUCAAUGCCUGUUAUCGCCACCUACUGAAACACUCGAAAGAGAAGAAUGAGAAAUAAGUGUUUGUAGCUGUGAUUUGUACAUACAUAUAGAAAAGGAAAUGUUUAAAUUUAGUAGUUAUUAAUCAAGUACUUCGCUUAUUAUUACGAUUAUGUUCGUUUAAAUUUACAAACAUACCAAACGAUGGCCAGUUUUUUUCGUCUAAAACAACAGAGUUCCCAAGCAGCUACAUAUAUACUUUUUAUCUUUACUAAAACUUUUGCCAAUUUUGUAUUUAUUUUCCCAUGUGUUUACCACUUUACCGGAACGAAAGAAAUAUUAUUGUACGUUUAGUUUUAUUACUCGAUUCGGACAAAGACGUAACAUUGAUUUCGUGUAUAGAGUGAAAGCUGGUGCAAAACUUGUAUAUAAGAAAAGAAGACGCAGAAGAGAGAAUGACAUUAAAUCAAUCUGUAACUUGGAAAUGUGGUAUCAAGCAAAAAGGUACAUAUAUUUUUUUACACGCAUAUGUAGUUUACGUUUUUGCUUCCCCGCCACACAACAAGAUAGAGGAGGGCCCUAAGAACUUUGUAUGCAUAGAUAUAUCAUAAAACUAUCGCUUUCAUGCGUAUACUCUAUAUAUUUUCGGUGCUUUGCUCUCUGCCAUACACAAACAUAAAACAAAAACA